CCGCCGGGAGGGGGCACGGCGGGGCCGGGAGGGGCUCGCGGGAGCUGCUGAAGCGGAUGCCUUCACCUGGGGCUCUCCAUCAGUGAGCGAGGCGAGAAGAGGCAGUCGGGUCUGAGAACUACCUCUGGAUGGUUUAAAAAAAAAAAAAAAAAAAAAAAAAAACAGAAAAGAAAAAAGGAAAAAUCCCAACUCUGCAAUCCUCUGCUCCCCCAGGCUCAACACCAUAAGGGACUGCUAUAUUUGAGACUGUCAGAAGGAUGGGAGAGAGAGACUGAGAGUCAGGGCGAGAGAGACGGUGCCACAGCAGCGAUUACUGAAGAGGAGUCCUAAUACAUUUUGAUUCACCUCAACUCCUGAGCAUCAUCAGUUUUCACUCAUACAAGACCUAUUCUGUGGAGAUAAUUUCUGUUUUGAAAGACAACUUCCGUACAGCCAAUUUGGAGAGUUGAGGUUAAGCUUUAAUGAAGAAACAUCAGCAUUGCUAACAACUGCACAAAGAGGGACAGAAGACCUUUGUGACCAAGGAUGUGGUUGUCAUGGAAACUGUUGCUGUUUCUGUCACUCGCUGGCUGUCUUUCAGAAUAUUCAGAAGCUGUUCCUGGUCUCCCCACUUCAUAUGCUGCUAUCCUAAGAAUCAAAUCUGGUAGUUCAUCUUUAACCUCAUUUAAUUCAAAGAAUAGACCACGAUUAAGCAGCUCUUCAUUAGGAAGUGUAUCUUCACCAGGCUGGAGAGGAGCCGCACAACAUUAUCAUUCCCCAACAAACCUCUAUCACUUUUCAGACACCUUCAAACAUGAUGAAAGUGUUGAUUAUGGGCCAGUGUUUGUACAGGAGCCAGACGAUAUGAUUUUUCCAACUGAUUCUGAGGAAAAGAAAGUGUCUCUCAAUUGUCAAGCUCGUGGAAACCCUACUCCCACAUACAGAUGGCUUCGAAAUGGAACUGAAAUCGACAUUGAAAGUGAUUAUCGCUUCAGUUUAGUAGAAGGAAGUUUGAUCAUCAACAGCCCCAGUGAAAUGAAGGAUUCUGGACAGUAUCAGUGUUUAACUACCAACACGUUUGGCAGUAUUCUAAGCAGAGAGGCUGUUCUUCAGUUUGCAUAUCUGGGAAAUUUUAGUGGUCGGACAAGAAGUGCGGUCUCUGUACGUGAAGGUCAAGGAGUUGUUCUAAUGUGCUCCCCUCCACUUCAUUCUCCAGAGAUCAUCUAUAGCUGGGUAUUUAAUGAAUUCCCAUCUUUUGUGGCAGAAGACAGCAGACGCUUCAUCUCUCAGGAGACAGGCAAUCUCUACAUCUCCAAGGUGCAAACAUCCGAUGUUGGCAGUUACAUAUGCCUGGUAAAAAACACAGUGACAAAUGCCAGAGUUUUGAGUCCUCCUACACCUCUGACAUUGAGAAAUGAUGGUGUCAUGGGGGAAUAUGAACCAAAAAUUGAAGUCCAUUUUCCUUACACAGUUACAGCUGCAAAGGGAUCUACUGUUAAGAUGGAGUGUUUUGCACUUGGCAACCCUGUUCCAACAAUCUCUUGGAGGAAAGUUAAUGGUCAUAAUCCAAGUAAAGCCCGCCUGAGAAAAUCCCAAGCUGUGCUUGAAAUACCUAAUGUGCAGCUAGAGGACGCGGGAAUGUACGAAUGUAAAGCUGAAAAUUCUCGUGGAAGAAAUGUCUUCAGAGGACAACUACAAGUGUACACCUACCCACACUGGGUGGAGAAACUUAAUGAUACACAAUUAGACAGUGGAGAUCAGCUCCGAUGGGAAUGUAAAGCCACUGGAAAGCCAAGGCCCACAUAUCGUUGGUUGAAAAAUGGAGUUCCUCUCUGGCCACAGGUACACUUGAACACUGGCAACAAGGAGUCACCAAGCAGGAUUGAGAUGGUUAAUGGUGUUCUGAUGAUCCACAGUGUGAAUCUCUCAGAUGCUGGAAUGUAUCAGUGCUUAGCAGAAAAUAAGUAUGGCACCAUUUAUGCCAGUGCUGAGCUGAAAAUUUUAGCUUCAGCUCCCACUUUCCCACAAAAUCAAAUGAGGAAAACAAUAAUUGUUACCAAAGGUCAAGAAGUUGUCAUUGAGUGCAAGCCACAAGCCUCUCCAAAGCCAACCAUCACCUGGAAGAAAGGAGACAAAGCAUUAAGGGAGAGUAAGAGGAUAACUAUUCUUCCACAUGGGAGUCUGCGAAUCCUGAAUGCUUCCAAGUCUGAUGAAGGACGGUACUUAUGCCAAGGUGUAAAUGUAUUUGGAUCUGCAGAAAUCAUUGCAUCAAUAUCUGUUAAAGAACCUACAAGAAUAGAGCUGACUCCCAAGAAGAUAGAGUUAACAGUUGGAGAAAGCAUUGUCCUCAGUUGCAAAGCCCUUCACGACAGCACACUUGAUGUUACUUUCUAUUGGACUCUCAAUGGGCAGCCAAUUGACUUUGAAAAAGAAGGUGGACACUUUGAAAGCAUCAAGGCACAAGCGUCCUCUGCAGAUUUAAUGAUCAGGAACAUCCUCUUGAUGCACGCUGGGAGAUACGGUUGCAGGGUCCAGACUGCAGCGGAUACCGUGUCAGAUGAGACGGAGCUGCUUGUUAGGGGUCCUCCUGGUCCCCCAGGGGUUGUAAUAGUGGAGGAAAUUACAGACACCACAGCAACACUCUCCUGGAGUCCUGGGGCAGACAAUCACAGCCCUAUCUCCCUCUACAAUCUGCAAGCACGCAGUCCAUUUUCUCUUGGCUGGCAGACCGUAAGAACAGUUCCAGAUCUGAUCAGUGGUGACAUGGAGUCUGCUAUGGCUGUGGAACUGAACCCUUGGGUGGAGUACGAGUUCAGAGUAGUAGCAAUGAAUAAAAUUGGGACUGGAGACCCAAGUGCACCAUCACGAGUGAUCAGAACAAAUGAAGCAGUUCCAAAGACACCUCCAGCUAAUGUAAGUGGCAGAAGUGGAAGGCGACAUGAAUUAGUAAUUGCAUGGGAGCCAGUGUCAGAAGAGUUUCAGAGUGGAGAAGGAUUUGGAUAUAUUGUAGCCUUCAGGCCAAAUGGAACUCGUGGAUGGAAGGAAAAAAUGGUGACAUCUUCAGAUGCCUCAAAAUUCAUCUACAGAGAUGAAAGUGUGCCACCUCUGACUCCUUUUGAGGUGAAAGUUGGUGUUUACAACAACAAAGGAGAUGGUCCAUUCAGCCCUAUUGUUGUCAUCUGCUCAGCUGAAGGAGAACCCACUGCUGCUCCCAUCGAUGUCAAAGCUACGAGUUUGUCUGUAUCAGAGAUUCUUGUUGCGUGGAAACAUAUUAAAGAAAGUCUAGGAAGACCACAGGGAUUUGAGGUUGGAUACUGGAAGGACAUGGAGAAGGAAGAAGCAGCAGAAAAGGUCAAAACGGAGGGAAAUGAGUCAUCCAUCCUCCUGACAGGAUUAGAAGGAAACACAUUAUAUCACCUAACAGUGAGGGCGUACAACGCUGCAGGGUAUGGACCACCUAGCACUGCUGUGCAUGCAGCAACCAAGAAGUCCCCUCCCAGCCAAGCACCAGGCAAUAUUAUGUGGAUACAGGAUGGUUCACAUGUGUCUCUUGGGUGGGAGCCAGUCAGACCUCUAGCUAAUGAAUCUGAUGUAAUGGGAUACAAGGUAUUAUUUCGGCAAGAAGGCCAGAGCAACAGUCAAGUUAUAGAAACACAGAAAACCUCCGCGGUGGUACUUCUUCCUGAUGUUGGUGUCUACAUCAUUGAGGUCUGUGCAGUUAGUGAAGGAGGGGAUGGGACUGCAAGUCCCCAGAUCAGAGUUCCAUCUUUUUCAGGAGGGAAAGUAACAAGCGCUCAAUCCACCUUACAUGUGUUGUCUACUUCCUCGUCCUCUGUAACAUUGCUUUUGGCACUGAUGGUACCUUCAACAUCAUGGUGAAGGUUUCAGACUUUGCUGUUAUUUCUUUGCUUUAAUUUAAUGACACCAUAGGGUGGAGUUUUAUGUCUGUGGAGAAACUGGAAACAUGAGCUAAUGCUUAAAGAACCAUAGAAAUGCCUGUGGUGCACUUAGAGGAGUGUUGGAGACACGGUCAAUAAUUCAUCAGGUUUUUAUCUCUUCUUUAUUUGUAAAAGUCCUCUGGAGGAGGAGACACUUCUUGGCCCAAAAAUAUGCAGAUUGUAUGUAAUAAACUUUUGUAAGCAAAGAUAA